AUGGCCAGCAGAGACGACACCACCCUCAAAGUGGCCCUUGUGAAUGACGAUGUCGUAUCGUCGAGACUGCAGUUGAUCUGUGCCGCCGAGGCAAAUGAUUGGACGGUUGUUCGAGUGAGUACGGGCUACUACUCCUCAUCCUCCACAGCUGACGUUAAACGUCUGGCUAUACUAUAUGAAGACCCGGUCCCCCGGUACCUACAACUACGAAUACCUCAUCUCGAUUUGGAGGUAGAGCUUCACUUCAUGACAGGGUACGAUGUGAAUCCUGAGCUACAGCGGCUGAAGAGUGAAGUCGACAAUGCGGAGCCUGAGAUGUUACUAUUGGCCAAGGCCGUCCGAAGGCUCAUCCUCCAGCCGUGCCGCUCUAAUGAAGUUGAUGCCGCUCAUAUAUCCUUGCUCUUGGUUCGGUCAUUCUACGUGAGUAUGUCGUAUCGAGGCAUGGGCCUCUACCAGGACUACAUAGACUUGCUUGUCUUCUUUGCUGAAGAGGAGGAGAUCGGCGAAGCGAUAAGCGAAUGGUCAUGUCUCGGCGAGUCGCUCGCAGAUACCAUUGGCCUUCCGAGGCUGGAACGACUAGUUCAUGGAAUUCAACUGGGCUUCAGCCUAGCUGCCGUAUGGUGGCCACUGUACCUUUCGCCGUAG